AUGGAUGCCGGCGGGGUUUCUGUAGCACCUGCAGCUGACGAGCUCAAGUUUGAAUCAAAUAUCUCUAUCAAUGAAAUAAAUGAUUCAAGGAAAGAUUAUACACCAGGCUCCGAGUCGCUUGAAGGUUUAGGAAAGCCUGAAGAGCGAGCGCAUUAUGAAGAACAAUCCACAUACAAAUCUCUCUUGCACGAGCUUACACUGGAAGAAAAAGUGACAUUACUAUCUGGAACCGACUUUGUCAGCUCUAGCUCAGUUCCAAGACUAAGCAUUCCCUCUCUUAAGGUCGUCGAUUCGGUCAACGGUGUGAAAGGUUCCGAGAUACACCAUGGAACACCCACUGCCGUCUUCCCAAGCUCAACGCUGUACGGCGCAACCUGGAACAAUUCCCUGAUGGAAGAACUGGGGAAGUCUCUAGCUCACCAGGCCAAGCUCAAAUCCGCGCAGGUUAUUCUUGGUCCUACUAUCAAUAUUCACCGCGAUCCUCGCGGUGGAAGAAACUUUGAAUGUUUUAGUGAGGACCCUCUACUCUCCGGCCAGCUCGCAGCAGCCAUUGUGCGCGGUAUUCAGUCACAGGGACUGGCUGCUUGUCCGAAACAUUUCGCUUGUAAUGAGAGUGAGUUCAAGAGAAGACAGUACAAUGUCGCCGAAUCUCAUAACAGCCGUACUGUAAGGGAAAUCUAUCUCGGUGCCUUCCAAGAGUUGCUUAGGAAAAGUGAACCUCGUGGUUUGAUGGUCAGCUACAAUAAACUGAACGGCGUCCAUACUACCGAGAAUGUGUUUUUGAAAGAGGUCUUGCGUGAUGAAUGGGCCUACAAUGGAUGCCUUAUAUCCGACUGGUUCGCAACAAAGUCCAGUGUCGCCGCUAUAAACGCCGGCCUCGAUCUGGAAAUGCCGGGCCCAGCGGUUUUCCGCGGUCAGAGACUAGUAGAAGAUGUACAAAAAGGACUUGUCGAUGAAAAGGCUAUUGACGAAUGCGUCGCCCGGGUUCUUGAGCUUAUUGAUGCAACGAAAACAUGCCAUUCACAGGCCCCUGAGCGUGGUGAAAUCGACCCCGAAACCAACGCAAUGGCUUUGAAGAUUGCUUCCGAAGGCAUUGUUCUCCUCAAAAACGAAAAGAACGCAUUGCCGCUUGACAUGCGUCAAGCCCCAAAGAUUGCAGUCAUUGGUGUCCAUGCUGUUGAGCCCGUUAUCAGUGGUGGUGGCAGUGCGAGUGCACCUCCUCAAUACUUGCAGCGGCCUUUGGACUGUUUGAAGGAAGCUCAUCCAGUCCCAUCCUUGGUUGAAUAUGCUCGCGGUGUCAACACAAACCGUAUCAUUCCUAUGGUACCCCUCGAUCGGACCACAUCGAAAAGCGGAAAACCGGGUUUUGAUAUCUCUUAUUUCAACCAAGAUUGCGAUACUCCCAUUCAUACCGAGCACCAACAUGUUCCCGUGGUUGCGAUGGUGCGAAAUCUGAAACCCGGUCUCCAAGAACCUGGCUUCAGCUACGAGAUAUCUACAACUAUCACGCCCACAUCAACCGGCCAUCACACCUUGGCUGCUCGUAUUACCGGUGCAUUUUCCCUCUUUGUGGAAGAUAAGUGCGUCUUAUCGUCCUCGACACAGUCAGAAGUCUCAAUGGAAGAUUUCCUUUUCGAACCCGCUCGUCUCGAGCGCCGCAUUUCUGUGCCCAUGCUUGCUGGAAAAUCUUACCUUGUUCGACUUCUCACCCAAGCUCGCAUACCCAAGGAAAAUGACUACGAACCCAAUCCACAUGGUGCUGUUUUAUGUUACGAGGAAUACGUGAACGAUCGAACAUCCAUUUCCGAAGCCGUGCAAAUUGCCGCUUCAUCGGACGUGAGUAUCAUCUUCGCGGGUCGAAAUCACGAGUACGAGUCUGAAGGAUUUGACCUUGACACUAUCAUCCUUCCUGAACGGCAAAUCAAACUUAUCAAGGCAGUCGCCGCUGUUUCGGAAAAGACCGUCUUGGUGCUCAACUGCGGUAAUCCAAUUGAUGUCUCUCCUAUUAUCGAUGAUGUCGAUGCCGUUCUUAAUGCUCACUUCCCAGGCCAGGAAGGUGGUCAAGCGCUCGCAAAUAUUCUCACUGGCAAGGCAAAUCCUAGCGGCCGAUUGGCGACGACAUGGCCCAAGAAGUUCGAUGAAAAGCAUAUUCCUACGUUCCACAAUUUCCCUGCUACGCUUAACGAAGAUGGGGAGUAUACCUUGAAGUACGCCGAAGGUAUUCAGAUUGGUUACCGACAUCCGGAUGUCACAAAAACCGCGCAAUGGGAGUUUGGCUUUGGACUAUCAUAUACGACGUUUGAGCAUUCCGACCUCGUCAUCGAUAAUACGAGUGAUUCAGAUAUCAAAAUCUCGGUUCAAGUCAAGAAUACGGGCAUUUUCCCGGGCCAUGAGGUUGUACAAGCCUACGUGUUGCCUCCUGCCAACGAAAAGGCCUGGCGACCUGCCCGUGAGCUCAAAGGAUACGAAAAAGUAUGGGUACUACCUGGAAAGUCGGAAUCCGUUGAGAUUACCCUUGAUAAAAAACACACAUUCAGUUAUUGGGAUGAAGAGGUUAAACAGUGGCGAUUAGAACCGGGUACUUAUCGUUUAGACAUCGGCUCGCUUGAGGCAUGCUUUGAAGUCGAGGAAGGCUCGACGUGGAGUGGCAGGUGA